AAAAAAAAAAAAGAGAGAAAUGAGAGAGUGUAUUUCGAUUCAUAUCGGUCAGGCCGGUAUUCAGGUCGGCAAUGCUUGCUGGGAGCUUUACUAUCUCGAGCAUGGCAUUCAGCAUGAUGGCCAAAUACCAAGUGAUAAGACUGUUGGUGGAGGAGACGAUGCUUUCAACACCUUUUUCAGCGAAACUGGUGCCGGAAAGCACGUUCCUCGUGCUAUAUUUGUUGAUCUGGAGCCUACUGUUAUCGAUGAAGUUAGGACUGGAACGCAUCGUCAGCUGUUCCACCCUGAGCAACUCAUCAGUGGGAACGAAGAUGCUGCCAACAAUUUCGCCUGUGGCCAUUAUACGAUUGGAAAAGAGAUUGUUGAUCUCUGCUUGGAUCGUAUCCGAAAGCUCACUGAUAAUUGUACCGGACUCCAAGGGUUCUUGGUUUUCAAUGCUGUUGGUGGUGGUACUGGUUCUGGCCUUGGAUCUCUUCUCUUGGAGCGUCUCUUUGUUGACUAUGGAAAGAAGUCAAAGCUUGGUUUCACGGUGUAUCCUUCACCUCAGGUUUCUACAUCUGUUGUAGAGCCUUACAAUAGUGUGUUGUCCACUCAUUCGCUCCUUGAGCACACUGAUGUUGCUGUGCUCCUCGAUAAUGAAGCCAUAUAUGACAUCUACAGGCGUUCUCUGGACAUUGAACGACUCACUUAUGCCAAUCUUAGCCGCCUUGUCUCUCAGGUUAUCUCAUCUCUUACUGCCUCUUUGAGGUUUGAUGGAGCUCUGAAUGUGGAUGUGAUCGAGUUCCAGACUAACCUGGUUCCCUAUCCCAGGAUUCAUUUUAUGCUUUCCUCCUAUGCACCUGUUAUUUCAGCUGAGAAGGCUUACCAUGAGCAACUAUCAGUGGCUGAGAUCACCAAUAGUGCUUUUGAACCCUCUUCCAUGAUGGCCAAAUGUGACCCACGCCAUGGAAAGUACAUGGCUUGCUGCCUCAUGUACCGAGGUGAUGUUGUGCCCAAAGAUGUGAAUGCAGCUGUGGCCAACAUCAAGACCAAGCGCACAAUCCAGUUUGUUGAUUGGUGCCCUACUGGAUUUAAAUGUGGUAUCAACUACCAGCCACCUACAGUUGUUCCAGGAGGAGACCUUGCUAAGGUGCAGAGGGCUGUCUGCAUGAUCUCCAACUCAACCAGUAUUGCAGAAGUGUUUUCCCGCAUUGACUACAAAUUUGAUCUCAUAUGUGCCAAGCGUGCUUUUGUGCACUGGUAUGUUGGUGAAGGCAAGGAGGAGAAGGAGAACUAA